AUGAAGGCUGCAAUAGAAAAAGUUAGAGGGAAUUUAUCUACACAUAGAAUGACAAUAAAAGAGAUUGUUUAGGAGGUUCUUAAAAAAUCUGAUAUAGAUUUUGAGGAUGACGAAGAUCUUUAAGUAUGCUAUAAAGGAAAUUAAUUUAUAGAACAUAGUGAAGUUGCUUUAGAAAGAUCCGAAUUAAAGAACAUAACUGGAUGUGGAUAAAAUUAGAUUAUCAUUCUUUAGAUUCAAGUUUUUCUAAGAAUUAGAAUAAUCGAUGGGAGGUGAAAUGGUAUAAGGAUUAUACAAAUAAUUGGGUUAUGAAUUGUAGAAAAAAAGAUAGAUAAUUUUUAACAUAGGUGAUCUUGGAAAAAAGUUUUAUAUAAUUCUCAAGGGUAGUGUUUGGGUUUUAGUGUAGAAAAAGGGAUUAUAAGAAGGUUCUGGUCCUACAGAAGAAGAUUAAAAAUAAGAAGAACAAUUAAAAAAUGAAAAAAAUAAGGAAAUGAUGGAGAAUAUUAAAAAGAGUACAAAAAGAAAAACAAAAAAAAUAAAAUCUUAAGCAUUUGUAACAUAAGUUAUAUUAGAUGAUAUCUUUGCUACAAUGACGGAUUAAGAAUAUCUAGAUACUUAAUUUCCAACAUUAACAAAAGUAGGCAUAAUUAAUGCAGGAGAAAGUUUUGGUGAAAUAGCACUGACUAAAUAAGUGCCAAGAACAGCCACAAUAAUUGCAGCAGAAGAUACUCAUUUUGCUACAGUUACAAGAGAUUAAUUUAAUAAAUUAUUGUCAGCAUUCUAUGAAGCAUAAUAAAAACAGAAUAUUGGAUUUUUAAGUAAAGUAGCCAUAUUUUCUGAUUGGAAUGAAUAGAUGUUAAAUCAAUUAUAUUAUCAUUUUAAAAUUGAAGAAAGAAAACUAUUUUAAGUGGUAUAUAAAGAAGAUGAAGAUGCAAAGUAUUAUUAUCUUUAUAUACAUUAGUAAUAUAUAUUUACUGAAAUAAGGAGAAAUAGAAUUGUCACGCUUUGUUGAUGUAACUUAAUAAUAAAUAACUCCCAAUCUUACACUUUAAAAGUUCUUAACAAAAACAGAUAGAAAAUUAGAAAGAGUUAGAACUUCUGUUAUUACUGCAGGUUAGAUAUUUGGGCAUGAAGAAGUAUAUUUAAUUAUAACUUUAAGGUUUUGGCUGGUACUAAAAGAUAAUAUAGAGCUAUUAGUAUAAGCUAAAAAGUUAUUUAUUUUGUAUUAGAUAAAUAAAGAUUCUUAUAGUAUUUCUAAAAAGGAUAAGCAAUUUAAAAAUUAUAAAAGUUUGAUGCCAAAAAACAAAAUUAAAGAACAUAAUCCUUGAAUCUUAUUAAAGAAAUCAAAAAAAUACCUUUAUGUGUUGAACAUAGAGAUGUUCCAUUUAUAGAAGCAGCUUAGACUAAAACUAGAAUAAAAAAUUCUGUUGAAAGAAUUGGAAAUCCUAUUGAACAUACAGGAUAUGAAAUGUUGUAAGGACAUGGUCAUAUUAAUAAAGCUCAUUAUAAUUUUAGAAGGAAUAUUGACAUUAUUAAAUAAAAUGUUUAGAAUAGUGAACCAUUAUCCUUAGAUAAAGCAUUAUUUAAUAUCGAGGCUAGUAAAAGUACUUAGAUUAUUAUUAUCAAUAAAGUAACAAUAAUUUAUAAUUAGGUGUUUCCUGCAGCUGCAAGACCAAAAUAUUCAAUACCAGAAUGCUCUAUAUCAUCUUAAACUAUCAUCAAAUCUUUAAAGUUACCAAAAAUAUUAACAGAGGUUGAUUCAGUAAUGUUAAAUAGAACAAAUAAGGAAUACUUGAAUAGUUUUAAAGCUUCCUCUAUCUACUCGAAAGAAUUGCCUGAUGAAUCAUAAAAGACAUUAAAUUGA